AGCUCAGCCCGUCCCUAUGAGCAGCAGCAGCAGCUGUCGGACUGAGGAGAGAGCAGGAGCGCUAGAAGUGACAGUUGGGCAGAGCCGCGCGGGACGUGCCGGCAGGAUGGAGCGCAGGCAGAUCAGUUGUAGACACAGCAUGGCUUGCAGAAGAUCUGAUGCAUAGAAGAUGUCCAUGGCUUGCACGGAGCUUUUACAUAUUGCCGGAAAGACACAGAAGCUCGAUGAAUGUAACAAUGUGGACUGGGGCUACAGUGGCUGCAAGAAUGACAUCGGAGACCCACAGGCUUUUUGUUAUGAGAACCACCAUGUGUCUUUAGCAGCCUCUCCCAGUCAAUAUGAGUCUAUACCGUUGGACUCAACAGAAGAAACCCAGGAUCUACAGUACUUUCAAAAUGUCUGUGUCAAGGAUGGAAAGAAGGUGUGCUGCGCUGAAGAAAUAGAGACUUCUUUUACAUACAUUGAUGAAAAUGUCAACAUAGAGCUUGUGACCCAUCAUCCUUCCAAUAAGAAUGGCCAGGGGCCUGUGUGUCAUAGUUUGGAUAGAGACAUCCAAUCAGAAGGCAUCCAGGAAACCUCUAUAAUGUCAGAUGAUGAAGGUGUAUCUGAAGCCUCUGGGAAGUCUGUAGAUUAUGGCUUCAUCAGCGCAGUGACUUUCCUAAUAACCGGUGUAUUGCUUGUGGUUAUUUCAUACCUAGUCCCCCGGGAGAACCGAUCAGAUCCAAACAUCACGUCCGCCAGACAGAUGGAACAAAUAGAGAAAAAGAAUGCGAUCAUUGGUGCCCAUUUGGACAGAUGCGUGAUUGCGGGGCUGUGUUUGUUAACCCUUGGUGGUGUAGUACUGUCCAUUUUAUUAAUGAUAUCGAUGUGGAAAGGGGAAUUGUACAGGAGGAAAGCAAUGGCAGCCAAGGACUCUUCAAAACUCUAUGGUUCCAUUAAUUUCAACCAAACAAAGUCGGGCGGAAAUGAAAAUGCUAUGGUUCAGGAAGAAACUGUUGACAUCGUUAACUAGACCGUCUGCAUUUUGGUCCUUUUUUUACUCCUAGGUAACAACAUAACACGAGCGUGAAAAAGUAGAAUAUUGUUUACAAAAAACUGCCAUGAUCCAUGUUAUAUCUAACACCUGGUACUAUUGACUGUCAUUGAACAGCACCUACAGUGAUUUACUACUAACCACCACAAUCUAGACUAACGGUAGGAUGUGUGGGUAUAAUGAAGGCUUAUUAUGAUGGUGUAUAACAUUGUGUUCAAUUGUUUGGGUGUCAUGUGAAAUGGAAUAAAAUAUAAAGAGUGAA